CGGGGUACCGCCUCGAACGUUCCCUGCUGCUUACUGUCAUGUCCGACGCUGCCGCCGACAGCGACAACGGCCCUCAGAAGCAAUGCCGUAUCUGCCUGGAUGGCGCUGAAGUUGAGGGCGAGCUUGGUCGUCUAAUACGCCCUUGCCUAUGCAGGGGCUCCAUCUCACGCAGUAUGUGCAUGUUGAGUGUCUGAAGCGCUGGCGUUUCUCCUCCACAUCGUCGAAGGCCUUUUAUGAGUGCCCACAAUGUCACUAUCAGUACCGCGUCGCGCGGACACGCGCCGUGGGUAUAGCCACAAAUCCAGUAAUCAUCGGCGCAAUAUCUGGCAUUCUCUUUGUAUCCCUCGUCAUGCUCUCUAGCGUCGUAACGAACUACCUGAUGGGUAGACUGGACGAAGACUCCGGCUACAGCAUCUGGUACUACGGCGGCCCCUUCUACGUCGCCCCAUACGACCUCAUGCGCGAUCUCAUACGCGCAGCUCUCCGUAUUCUGCAAGACGGAGACGUCACCACCCUCCUUGACCAAGCUGCCUACGGAAGACCUACCCGUACACGGGAUCCACGCAUGCCGCCGCUGAAGGUGCCGACCCCGCGGGGUAAGCCCGGCUUGGUCAUGCGGUUAUUGCGGCGGUUUGUCCUCGGGCUGCCUGUCGUCGGCGCGGGGUCGCUCAUACAGAUGCUCUUUACCGUGGGCUACCUUGCGCCUGUACACUGGCUGGCGCGGUACCGAGCACGCAGGAGGACAAGGGGAGGCGGAGGCGAUAUAGCAGCACUCUUGAUCAUUGGACUCUUGCUGGUGGGCGCUUUCAGGGCGCUAUACGCCGUAUACCAGUUCACGCGCCGCCAGACAACUCGCUUGCUUUCACGGGCAGAGGACGCGAUCUUGGAAGUGAAUACCUGAAGUGCUUUUAGGCUCAAUCGCGGACAUUGGAAUGUAAUACUAAUAGGAUCUCAAUCAUUAUGGCUCGUGCUUCUCUCUCCUUU